AUGGUUGCCACAUCCAUUCCGGCUAUCCCGCCGGAGUCGAUCAUGGCCAAGCGCAUCACGCGCGGAAACCGCCAUCUCUGGUACCGCCUCGAGGUGGUGCAGCAACCCGAACGAGCUCGCGCCUGUGGAGCUGGUCCCAAGUCCUCGGCCGACCGCCGUCCAGUGGAUCCGCCGCCGGUCGUGGAGCUGCGCAUCUUUGAGGGCCCGACGGUCGAGCAGGCCAAGGACAUCACGUUCACAUACAAUGCCAACUUCUUCCUCUUCGCCACGCUGGAACACGCCCGUGUCAUCGCCCAUGGCCGCGUGCAGGCGCCAUCGGCCGCCACACCACCGGUGCUGACCGGCAUGCCAGUCUCGGGCAUGGCUUACCUCGACCGUCCGCAGGAGGCCGGCUACUUUCUGUUCCCCGACUUGUCGGUCCGCCACGAGGGCCGCUACCGCCUGACCUUUAACCUGUACGAGCAGACCAAAGAGACCGGCGACCUGGAUAAGGACUCGGCUGAGAUGGCCGAGUCGUUUGACUGGCGCAUGGAGGUCAAGUCCAACGACUUUACCGUCUACAGUGCCAAGAAGUUUCCCGGCCUGACCGAGAGCACGGCCCUCAGCCGCACGGUGGCCGAGCAGGGUUGCCGUGUGCGAAUCCGCCGCGACGUGCGGAUGCGUCGGCGUGAGGGAAAGUCGGCCGCCGUUGCUGCGGCUGCUGCGGCUGCCUCGGGAGCCUCAGCGGAUGUGCGCGGCGGCGACGACGAGUAUGCACGGCGUCACCGCACGCAGACGCCCGAGGUUGUGGCCGAGUAUCGGGCGCGGUCCUUGAGCAUCGAAUCGGUCAGUCGCACGCCUUAUGUGUCGGCAAAUGACGUGCAGCGCCGGCCGUCCAUGAGCGAGUAUCACCACCCGGCACCGUCGCCACAGUCGGGUCCGCCGUCCAUGCUUCCGGCCUUCAGCUCGGGCUCCGGUGCCCAGACGCCCAACAGCAACCACCUCCGGUUUGGCGGUCCGCAUCCGACCUACCAGCAGCCGAACUCUUCCGUGCCGCCGUCGCCGACUUACACCUCGCCCUCGCACGUUUCCCACCCACACUCUCACUCGCACUCGCAUGCUCACCCUUCACACGCAUCGCUCGCAUCCCACGGCUCGUAUGCACAGCCAUCACCACCGCCCCAGCAGCACACCCACCAUCACUCAGCGUCGUCAUUCUCGGUCCCGUCGCCGGCAUCGUCCCAGGCACCUCCCCCGCCGAGCCAGUCGCCCUACUAUCACCAGGACCGGCCGGCCUCGCAGCACUAUGGUAGUGCGGCACCCACACCGCUGUCUAUCCCAGGGCCGUCUCCCGUGGCCGGCGCCAUGCCGUCACCCCGCCGCGACUCGCUCAACAGCGUAGUCGACUACCAGCGGCGCAUGUCGACGGCGAGCUACACCACGGCUCCGCCGCUGCCGUCGUCGUCCACACACAUGUCGGUCGACAGCAUGAUGUCGUCUUCGUCGUCGUCGCGGCCGUCGAUGGCACCUCUGAGCACGUCGCCGUCUGGCCUGUGCGAGAACAAGACGACGCUGCCACCGCUGAGCGAGAUGAUCGCGUCGUUUGGCAACAAGGACCAGCAGCCACGGACCAGCAUCGGCAGCGGCCACUCGCUGGAUCGCGUGCCGUCACUUAGCCAACUGCUGCUGCCCCAGCCGGUGCUCCCACCACUACCAUCAGGCUCGGCCUCCGCUGCUGCUGCUGCUGCAGCAGCAGCUGCGGCUGGCAAGAAGCGGUCGUACGGACAGUAUCACAACAUGGGCGCGAUGGCCGAUGUGCAGACGGGCGCGUCAAUAAAGAACCACGCACGGCAGUCGGAGUCAGUGCCGGUCAGCGAGUACGAAAAUCUCUGGUGGAAGCGUGCUGACGGGACGGUGUGGUCGGCUCGCGGUGAGCUGCCGCAGCAGACGGCCUGA